GUCAUCGUAAUUUUAUAAAAAUGGCAGCACCGGUCUUUCCGCCGUGAACGUUUGCAACACGAUGCCAAGUGUAAUUUGUUAAGUUAUUACAACCGAUAUUUAAUUCGAACAAUUUACAAUGGACGAAGUUGUUGAAUUGGACGAUUGCGAUCAUAAAGAGGAAAGAGCGCAUUUCCAGGCACCAGCAAUACAACAUAAUCCUGAUGGUUGGGGUCCAUGCGAGUUGCCCGAUCAAUUUAAGGAUAUCCCUUAUCAACCAUUCUCCAAAGGAGACAGGCUAGGAAAAAUCUGCGAUUGGACUGCUCCAGCAUUUCAAGAUAAGAAAUUUCCAAACAAAUAUACUUCUCAAUUUGGCUCAGGAAGUCAAUAUGCUUAUUAUCAUGACGAAGAUGAAAGUACUUUCCAUCUUGUGGAUACAACGAGAGUGCAAAAACCACCUUACCAACGUGGCAGGUUCAGGCACAACCAGCGUAACUUGCGUGGGCGUGGAGGUCAACGUGGUGCAUUGAGUCAAAUGCUACAGCUUAGUAAACUAAAGUUACGCGAACGCGAACGCAAAGGACAAACUAAACGUUGGGGUAGACAACAAGGAUUGAGAAAUCAUAAAAAUCAACCACCAAUCAAGAUUCGAGAUGCUUCUGUUACCGUAAGACCGGAUUGGGUGACCAUAGAAGAAAUGGAUUUCCCAAGAUUAGCCAAACUGUCAUUGCCCAGUGUUAAAGAUGGCGAGGACAUACUCUGUUGCGGAUCAUUAGAAUAUUAUGACAAGACUUAUGACAGAGUUAAUGUCAAAAAUGAGAAACCAUUGCAAAGAAUUGAUCGUAUUUUCCAUACCGUAACUACCACCGAUGAUCCUAUUAUUCGUAAAUUAUCAAAAACCGAAGGCAACGUUUAUGCAACUGAUGCGAUACUCGCUACAAUUAUGUGCUGCACUCGUAGCAAUUAUUCAUGGGAUAUAGUGAUUGAAAAAAUCGGAGACAAGUUGUUCUUUGACAAACGAGAUAAUACAGAAUUCGAUCUUUUAACUGUCAACGAGACUAGCGUAGAACCACCGCAGGAUGAUGGAAAUUCAUUAAAUUCGCCAAGAAAUUUGGCAUUAGAGGCAACUUUUAUCAAUCAUAAUUUCUCCCAGCAGGUGCUUAAAUCAAAUGAACCACGUUACAAGUUCGACGAAGGAAAUCCAUUCAUUUCCGAAGAAGAAGAAAGUGAUGUAGCUAGCGUAGCUUAUCGCUAUAGAAAAUUCGAUCUUAACAAUGGUAUCGUAUUAGUUGCUCGGUGUGAACAUGACGCCGUGAUGCAAGGCCCGAACAACGAAACACAAUUUUUAACCAUCAAAGCAUUGAACGAAUGGGAUUCUAAACUUGCAAAUGGUGUUGAGUGGCGUCAUAAGUUAGAUACUCAACGUGGUGCAGUACUAGCUAAUGAACUUAGAAAUAAUGCUUGCAAGUUAGCCAAGUGGACCGUUCAAGCUAUAUUAGCCGGAUCGGAUCAAUUGAAAUUUGGAUAUGUUUCACGUGCCAUCGUACGUGAUUCUAGCAAACAUGUAAUCCUUGGUACCCAACAGUAUAAACCCAAUGAAUUUGCCACUCAAAUUAAUUUGAACAUGGAUAAUGCUUGGGGCAUAUUAAGAUGUAUUAUUGAUAUUUGUAUGAAGCAGAAAGAUGGAAAAUACUUGAUUAUGAAGGAUCCUAAUAAGCCUAUGAUUCGUUUAUACGAUAUACCUGACAAUACCUUUGAGAGUGAAGGUGAAGAAGAUGAGGAUGAGGAUGAACCUACGAACGAUGCAUUCCAAAGUUAACAGAAGAGAACAAGAAUCGGCCGAGAAAUCUUAUAUAUCGUGAAUCAUUUCGUCAGCCAAUUAAAAUUGUACACCCGUUAAACGGCGUACUUUUAUUCAAAUUUUCAAAAGCAGUUUAUAUUGAAUGGUCAGAUCUCGUCUUUGUUGUCAGGACAAGAGGAUCCUCAUAAAAGUAAUAAAAUCAUAUAAACC